AUGCAUCCAAUUAAAAUCUUACCAGAGGACUGCGGCGUGGCAACCGUCAGCGUUGCCGACUCGAGGAUCGUUGGCGGCGCUGACGCAUCGGCCGGGGAAUUCCCUUGGCAAGUCGGACUCGCGACCGAAUUUCCGAGUGGGGGGGGUUUGUGUGGGGGAUCUCUUAUCAAGAGCAAUUGGGUCCUGACGGCUGCUCACUGUUUCUUUGAUGACAAUGGAAAUGCGGCGACCUCAGUGGUGGUCCAGUACGGAUCAAUAAAUCUUGCAACUGCAACCGAAGUCACUGCACUCAGAUACAUUACACAUGAGGAUUACAAUUCCACGUCUCUCCUGCAUGACAUCGCUCUGAUUGAGCUUCCCCAAGCUCUCGCCUACGCGAACGACCCCAACGUUCAGCCAAUAUGCCUGGGAGAGGAGGAGGACUAUAACUUCGGAGGCAAAGUGGUAGCGACAGGAUGGGGCGAUCUCAGUUAUGACACGAAGGAAAGCCCAGAUACCCUUCAGGAGGUGAUGCUGGAUCUGAUCACGACAGAGGAGUGUAAGACGACGGAGGACCUUCCUUCGGACACCUCCGUCAUCUGCGCCCUCACCCCUAACAAAGACACGUGUUCGCCUUUCUCCCCCUCCCCCAAGGGAGACAGCGGCGGCCCCCUCUUCACCCAGCUGUGCGAUGGCCGGUGGGCGCAGCUGGGGAUAGUCAGCUACGGCUUUGAGUGCGCCCGACCCUCCAGGCCCGGAGUGUACACCAAAGUGUCCGCUUAUUUCGACUGGAUCGAGACCAACUCCGGUGAUCCACUUACAGCUAGUCCCAAGUUCCUUCUGUUCUGUUUACGCUGUGAGAAGGGGGUGUCACGUGUUGGUGAUGGUUACUGUCUAAGUUGUUUUGAACAGUAUGCGUUUCAAAACCCUGUGAUAAACGGAGAGUCGAACGAACACAUUGAAAUAUUCAGAGUUAACUUUUCGUAA